GAGGUUUCUAUCCAUGAUACGAACACGCAGCCAAGUACACCAAUGAAGUUUAGACGAGACCAGACUAGAAUGUUGGUCGCGUCUUUAAAUAUCAAGAACAAGAAAUUUCCUCCUGAAAAGGUUUCGUUUUGCUGGAAAAUUAGCGGACUUUUUCUUCCGCCUUUUCGCACUUCUGUGCAUAAUGGGACACAGGUGAUCUUAAACUACACUCUUGAAAUGAACCACACUCGGACAGAGUUGAUCGUAAACGACACUCUUGAACUGAACAUAAGUCCAAAAUUACUGUCGACAGGACUUAAACUGGUAACAUUUGAGCUGCAAGGAGUAAACGAGUCUUCAUUGACUGCUAGGGACUUCGCUUUCAUCAAGGUUGAGAAGGCACCUCUGGUAGUCACCAUUGCAGGAGGAACUGAAAUUAUCCGAUCAAAACAGAGACUAAUUUCUUUGGAUGCCAGUCCUUCUUAUGACAGCGACUCUAGCAGUGGAACUUUCCAAGGAAUGAACUUAACCUUUGACUGGUCUUGUUUGAUAAGAGCAAAUUCUGCCCGCGUCUCCGGAGGUCAUUUUGCAUUGUCUAAAGUCGCUUUUCGAGGCUUGAACACCAUAUUCAAUACACUUGUCGCCGCGGCUGCUGCUGUUGGAACACUCUUUCAGUUGCCAGAUGAUGGUGUUGUUCGUGAAAGAAUCGGGAGACCAGAAGCUUCCCUAGAUGCCAGAAACAUUAGUAACAACCAAACAUACUAUGUGGUUCUGACUGUAACCAAAGAUAACCGCACAGCAAGUGCCAUGCAGAUUGUUCAUGUUCAUAACGAAGACUUACUCGAGAUUCGUAUUAUGUAAGUAUAGUAUAUAUGCAGAUGCAAAGUCGUUGAUGGUUAAAGAAGCCCGGUUGGAAUCCUUACAAUCCAACACCAGAACAGUCUUCUUUCCUAAACUUAGUGCUCAGAACGAACAGCAAUAAGUAUUUUUAAUUCUUAACUCUACUGAUCCCCAUCCAGGGCUUAUUUGUCGUAGGAAAAUUUGUUGACUCAUAUGUUCAGUUGGAUAUGUUGGUAGACUGGUAGACAGACAAAAGCACAACCAAUGAUUUGGAAAAGGGGUUGGAAUGAUUGUGUAUUUAAAACUACUUUAUGAACGAACUUAGACAUGACAUGCAUAUGGUUACCUGCAAAUACGCGGCACAGAUGCACUCGAAAUUUGUAUCAUGUAAUUACAGAAUAUGGAUACAGGGUAAACGCGGAGUAAAAGAGCAAGGUUGGCCUGUGUACCACCUGAAAGCAGAUCAACAUCCCUCCCAAUCUUCAUUGCGCAGAAUGAAAGCUUAUACAAGACAUUUAACAAUUAUUCCAUAAACACGCGUUAACUAUUAGAUGGUAAAUAGCCAACGAAGCGUGUAGUGCCGAGUUGGCUAUAGCCAGUCUCGUAUCCCACAACGAAAUAACUUUUUUUAAUUAAUUUUCAUUAAAUCUUUAAAGUUUGGAUAUUUGAAGCCUUUUUUUCAGCAACGCAACUGUUAGCGUAGUGUAUUUCCAUAUAAGCUGACUCAGGAUAUGAGCUAAUAGCCGGAUCUGAGUGAACCAAACAGAAGUUGAAAAUUUAAUAAUUUAUGGUAUAUCAUUCCCCACUCGGGAAAAAUAAUUCGUAAUAUUUGCUCUAUAGAAAUAGGGACAAUUACCCCUCUCACAUCAAUGGCCCCCGCGGUCCCAAAAAGGCUUAAUCGUAUAUCUUGGUCUAAUGGUAGGUACGGAAGAAGGCAGAAGUAAUCAUUUCAAAAAGAGAGGCGUGGUUUUGUAUCUGAAUCGUAGCUAUUACAAACUUAAAAAUGAUAAACAUGUUUCACCGCAAUUAGGGACCAUCUUUACUCGGUAACCAGAUUGAAGGACGAAUAAAGGGGAUUUGAUAGACAAACAUUUUUUUUUUCUUGCUUAGGUGCACCAUGAACUGUGACUCACCAGCCAGAGCAUCAUCUCGUAUCUCCCUGAGAACUGAUUGCAAUUCAAAACGUUGUCCUGUGUCCUUUAUAUAUAGCUGGAGCCUGUUUAGAAAUCAUAGAAAUGGUUCUCAUCCCCAAUGGUCUCCUCAGACUGACUUUCAUUCUCUCUUGAGUACAAAAGUGGAUUCGAAAAACCUUGUUAUCAAAGAACAAAUGCUUGCAACCGGCGCCUCCUACAGAGUCAAGGUGGACGUUAAAUCUCCGAACGGAUCAUUUGGGUGGGCUGCAUACCAAUUUGACACAUUGGCGGUUCCAUCAGGAGGAAAAUGUAGUGGCAAACAGUUGGGUAAGAAAGAUGUAGGAUCUUGGGUUAUUAUAACCUGUCAAGGCUGGAAAGAUGAAAACAUGCCUCUCAGCUAUGAAUUCUUCCAAGAGUUAGAAGAUGGAGAGCUCGAUAUGCUGUCUUAUGGAGUUUGGCCCCACAGUAUUGUUCACAUACCACCUUCAGAUAAAGACGUCGUUAGUUUUAAAGUAGCAAUAGUUAACGUCGAGGGAGCAGCGUUUACAACAGAAUUUUCUAUCAAGGUAUUAUCCUUUGACAUCUAAAAAACUAGUUCUAAGAGUUUUUUUAAUGAUUCUGGUAGUUCUUAUUGCCAAAUAAAAAAAACCAAGCCACGUUUUAUCACUGGCCAUAAUUUAUAUCGCAGACAAAAAAAAAUUCACUUGUCUUGUGAAGAACUUUAGCAAUGGUGCAUUACCCUCACGAACAGUUAAACAUCUCAAAUAAAAUUAACGCAUUUGUGAGGGAUAAAUUACAUGUGAACAUCAUACUUGCUAUUUUACUGAAUAGAUAUUUAUUCCCAUCGCAAGUCUACUCAAAUAUAGAAACUAAAUUCUUUGUUUUACUUUGUUUUCUUUUCCUUUGGUUUUUUGCAGCUAAAUCAGUCACAUUCGUUGUUAGAGGAAGAAGUAGACUCUGGAGACCUGCCGAAAAAAAUUUCAGUUAUGGAUAACUAUUUUGCUCUGGGAGAAGUCAAUAUGGCAAUACAAGAAGCAGACACCCUUCUCUUCUUACUCAAAAUGAUAGUAAAGCAAGUCAACGAAGAUGAGGGAUUAUUUCGAGUAAGUUCAGAAUACCAGAUAUGACAUAUGUGGUUAUGGAGAUAUAGUUAUAAUAAACAUUAUAAGAUUUUGCUUGUCGGUGUCUAUAGCGGCAACGUGUGGCUUCUUGCAUUGGCCACACGCAUACCAAUAUCUCCACGGAUUAACAUAAUAAAUCGCAAAAGUUUCCCACUACAUAAAAGUAAAACAAUUGAUUAAGAUUGCAAUAUUUUUGUAGGAUCUAUCUACUAUAAAGAGCUCAUCCUUUUUGAGUUAGCUGCAGAAAUCCAACUAUACGUAUCAGUCGCGAUAAUUGGCACACAAACACGUUUGUUUAUGGUUGGUUUCCAAUCUCAUUCUUUUCUUAUGGGUUGAGGUCUAUAGUAUCGCAUGGUUGUUUUAUGUGAGCCCUCGUGUAAUAUGUAAUUUAAAUCCCUGCUGCAGAUGAAAAACCACAUUAUUUCCAAGAUAUGCCAAGUACGGACUGAUAGACUGGAGCGGUUAGUCCAGGUUGCUGCUAUUCUGAACAAGGCUACAAAGGGUGACGCCCUUGUCUCACACAAUGCAACGGUAAGAUACUGAACCCAUUACAAAUUGUCUUCAUGAAAAAAUACCUUUUUAAUUUUCUGAUCUAUGACAGUUUUGUGUUACAGGAGUUUAAAAUAUUUUAAAACAUAAUUGAAAUAAAAACUAACUGAUACUUUUAAUACAAACAAGUUUGCGUAAGGAAGAAGUGUGACGCACAAACUCAAACUACACUCAUCCCUAAUUGCAGAGCGCUUUAUUGGAGAAACUAGAGGAUUUAACCAAACAGAUUUCAACCCAAACUGCGCAGGGACGCAAUUCUGAAACUCGCCAUAUUCGAGAGGGAUAUAGAUUGCUACUGUCUUGUAUUACAAAUAUCAUGGAUUCCAGCUCUAACAGACUUCUCACAGCUAAUCUGUCUGCUAACUUUGAUGAAGACCAAGAGGUAUUUCUUAAAUAGCAUGUCUCUCGACACUUUAAUUUAGGACCACAAUAAAGGUAAUUCCCCUAUGAAAGGGGACUUUUUUAGUAGAGGAAACAAAACAAGUAUUUCUAAGAUGUGGUUUUUAGGUCAGUGAAGUUUAGAUUCAUGCGGACAAAAUUUUUAAUCUUACCAGAUUGAUCGCAAAGAGGAGUCUGGAAAAAAAACUGUGAAAUGCAAAUAUAAAAAAAGGCCAAACUCUAUCAGAACUGUAUCAGAAAUAAAAUAAUGGAAAAGAUACAGUGUAAUCACGCAUCAGUUAGACUUUCACCUCGCCCAAAGGAAAAGGAAAUUAAAAUUUAACCACUCUCCUCUGCCAUUAAGAUAAUAUCAAUCUUAGGAAAGCACGAAGAACAAUAGAAAAAAACCCAACCCCUUACCUUCAAGUCAAAGAAAUCGUUUUUAUCCUCGAGACCCACGGGCAAUUCUUCCCAAAGGCCUUUUUGGACACAUGAACACUCUUCGUUCAAGUUAUCCCUCCUCACCUUCAUAACACGUUCCCCUCCCAAUGAUACGGAAUGAUAAAAGGGGUAAGUUUCUGAAGAAACUGGGGUGCUGCGUCGGCGGGAGAGUUUAACAAGGUAAUUUAGUAUUAUCAACUGAAACGAAAACGUAGAUUGAGCACCUUAAAGAGUUUAAAGGCUGACGUUUCGAGCGUUAGCCCUUCGUCAGAGCGACUGGAGGAAUUGCGGGCUGUGUGUGGGUUCAUAUGUAGAAAAUUGAGCUGCGCUAUUGGUAGGAAUAUGGUGACGAGAAAACAAUAAUAAAAAUGGAAUGAUAUAUGAACUCCUCUUCAGAUAAGCAUGGGAAAGACAGUUUCGGCCCGAUGCCAAAAGCUGACAGAAGUGAUUACCAACGCAUUGCUAUCGUUCAAGUUGCCCGGAGAAGAACACAGCACCAUUCGCAAUGGACUUCAAUCGACGACACUAGGCAAAAAAGAAUCAAGUGACUUGAGUCUUUUAGAAAUCAGCGACGGAGAAGCCAGUUUUGUAUUCCCUUACCUAGAUGAAGAAGAGUUGAAAAGUUGGAUUGGUGACGUCUCUGAAGUGGGAAUAGAGGUUAGUGAUUAUUUCAGCAAACAAAGUGGGAAAAUAAUCAUAGAUAAUAUCAUGAUUUUUAGUACAAUUUGGUGUUACUAGGUUCGAGUAAAUUUUUCAAAGAGAACAAAAUUGCAUGAGCCCGUAGGGUAAGUGCUAAUUACACCAAAGUGCGAGAGAAAUCAUGUUAUUACUUGUAUAUAAUGUACAUAGAGAAAACGUCACAAAAAGUCAAGACAGACGAAAUUUUGAAAGCGAGGGCGAACCAUUUGUAAUUUGUACUCGUGCUACAACUUUGCACACUCGUUUACGACCAAUCAGAAGCGCGUAUGUUUUUCAUGUACAUUAUUAAGCUUGUAAUUCGAUCUUGCUAUGUAAAGAAUGACUUGUCUAUUAAUGGAAAUAAUUGUUUUGUGAUUUAUCGAUUCUCCUUAAAGGGUGAAAGGAUCAUCGACUGGUAUAAGCAAAAGGCUUGAAAUAAUAAUAAUAAAAAAAUACUUCAGCGCUGAGUAUUGACUAAUGAACUAUUUCUCAUGGAGUAAAAAAAAAACCUCAGAUAUCUUACUAUCUCACGAUAGUAGGCACACAUCGAAUGUCAACCUAACUUUCUUUUCCUUUGUCCACGGCUGGUUUAUUUUACUGCAUACCUUCAUAACAAUCCAUACAGAUUGACAAGGAGGAUUUAUUGCAUUAUGCAAGAUACCUUUCUUAUAUCCUGUCUCGCUUACCAUCAAGAUUUCCGUAGUUCAGUUUGUUGCCCAUAGAAAGGCAAAAUGGAGAGAGGCUGCAAUUUGUACCCUCUAGUUCCCUGUGCCAAUGGCAAAUAUACUACUUUAUCAUUUUUACUUUCUUCGUCCUUUAUGGUAUCUUUCAGAUGAUCAGCUAUCAUUUCAACCCAUUCGUGACGGACAACAGCAGCAAUAGAAUAAGAUCAAACGUUGUCAGCCUUGUCCUAAAAGAUGACACCGGGAAAGCUCUCAACACAACUGAACUGCCUUCAUAUAUACAAAUUAAUAUUCCAGUAUCAAAUUAUGAUCCCGGAAACAGUAAUCGCUCGGAUCAUUUCUUAAAUCCUGGAAGGAUGCAAUAUCAUGUGGUUACCGUACGUGAGGUCAAUACCACCGUGAAAAUGACCUUUACAACUAAAACAGCUUCUUUUCUUACUGUGUAUGUGAAAUUUGCUGAAAAGCCAACUGAGACAUCUUACGAUGGAGUGAUUUACUCAUCUGAAGAGAGACGAGUAAACAGCACGGACAAUGAUUGUGCAUCAGGAAAAGCGUGUACUCAUAGUAUCGCCUUUGAGUGCAGACAUUCGGGUAAAUAUUACUUUGGUCUAUUGGAGAUUAGUGAGUCUCGAAGAGAAUUGCCACAGUCAAGGAGUAGACGAUCCAUUCUAUCAAAGCAAGCCUCGCGAGAGAAGUGCGUAAAGUUUAAAGAUCCUCCACCCACAGCUGCUCCUCAAGUAGAGUAUGUCAGUCUUGUUCCUCAGUAUGACUUUAAUAGGUCACUUAAUUACAGUGUACAAGUGGAGACAAUCUGGUGUGCAUUUUGGUCUGAGACUAAACAAAGAUGGACAAACAAAGGAUGCAAGGUGAGGAAGGAAUACACAGAAAGCAUGAAAUGAACCAUUAAAUGCAAAAUGAAAACAUCCUUAAAUCACAUUACAUGAGUUACUCAAGCAUUUUUAUGCUAUCUGUAGGUUUCAAAAUUUAACGGAGAUCUUUAUGGUCACUUAAAGAUUUAAACCACUAAACAACGAGUUUAUAUCUAUAGCAACAUGAAAUUAUGUCUUAAAUUGUCAUAAGUAGAUUUUAAAUUCCUCACGGGUAUUUUACGCAAACGUUUUCAUUAUUUGCCCGAUAAUAAAGUACUCCACAUACUUGUAACAGCUCUGAAUCGCCUUCAGACCCAAAAUAACGUAACUGGAAUUCGCGUUGCAAUGUCCGUAUAAAAUUUGCUGAAGGUGAGCUGAGAGAGUCUUUUUAAAAGAAAAUAGCCUAACAGUAGCCGCGCUUGGGCUCUUUUAACCGAAUCAUAAAUGAAUGGACUGAUUUACAGGUGAGCCAAGAAUCAAGCCAUUCUUCUCUGAAAUGUCUCUGUAAUCACUUAACUGCAUUUGGCGGAGACAUUCUUGUUGCACCAAAUACCGUCGACUUUCAACUAGUCCAGCAGGCAUUUGACAACGUGGAUCCUGAUGACCUUCUAGUCUUGAUAACACUGUGCUCUACCUUUCUGGUUUACUUUCUUGUUUUGGUAAAAGCACGCAGAGCUGAUAAAGUGGAUGCGACAAAGGUUGGUGUGGAAUCAAAAAAUUAUCGGAUCAAAAUAAAACUGAAAUUUUAUCUUAUACAUUUAGAAGGUCAAUUUCCGCAAAUAGUUUGAAAAUUUAAAGCUGAAUAACAUUUGAAUGUGAAUGAUAUAGAUGUGAUCUAUAUCAUUCAUAGAACCUUUCGCUUGUAGAAUACGGUUUUGAGAGGCAAGACUCCUGGUAGGACAUUAAAAUGAAUGAAAAUGAAAAGAGGGAGUAUCAGUGGGGUUUAAUGUUCAGGUUGACGCUUGAUUUUGAACGGUGAUGAAGUUUCCCUUUAUUCUCUGUCAUUUUAAGGACAGUCCUCUGAUACCCUUGUUGGAGCAUCAAAACGGUUUUUACAAGUACGAGGUAUCUAUUACUACAGGUGGAUGGAAAGGUUGUGCUACUACUGCCAAUGUAUCCAUGACUCUUCAUGGGACUGAAAAUACCACUGACGUUAUCAAAUUGACAUGUGACAUCCCAUAUGACAGGAAACUGUUUGCUGAAGGCAACACUGAUAAUUUCUUGCUUCGACAUAAUAUGCCGCUGGGUGAGAUCUUUUGUGUGCAGAUUGGCCAUGACAUUUCUGGCGAGGACCCAUCUUGGUUUAUCAGUGAGAUUUUAGUUGUGGAUUGUCAAACAGGUCAGCAAUGGCUCUUUAGUUGUCACCGCUGGCUUGCACUAGAAAGAGAUGACGGUGACACAUUCAGGAGAUUUUAUGCAAAUGACUUUAGAGAGGACGAUGAAUUUAAAAGAACGUUCAGUGCACUACGAAGAAAUGGUUUCGCUGACGACCACUUGUGGUUUUCAGUGAUUAAGAAGCAGCCAAGGAAUCACUUUACUCGAGUUCAACGAGCAUCCUGCUGUUGGAGCCUUCUCAUGUUGUCAAUGGUAACAUCUGCAAUGUUUUAUGAAAAAGAGGACCCAUUGGAGAAGAAAAUACAAAUUGGACCUUUUUUACUGACUCCGAGUCAACUUAUUAUUGCUUUGGAAAGUGCCUUGAUUGUUUUGCCUGCAAGUCUGCUGAUUGUGUUCUUGUUUCGUAAAAGCGAACCUAAGAGAAAUACACAAGGAAGGCGGUAUCAUCUGGAGAAAAGCAAGAAAAAACCAUUUUGUUUACUCCCUCAUUUUUGUGUGUAUAUUGGUUGGUUUCUCUGUAUAGGUACUGCAAUCACCUCUGCCCUCUUCACAGUGUUUUACUCUCUCAUAUGGGGAGGAGAGAAGUCGAAACGAUGGUUAGCAACGGUGGUGCUUUCGCUUACUGGAGAUGUUAUUAUCUCCCAGCCUAUCAAGAUACUUAUCGUAUCCAUCAUUGUAGCCUCGCGGAGUGGUUGUAGUCGAAGGAUGACGAAGGACACUAAGUCGACGAACGGACAUGAUGGGAAGGAACUAACCAGUGUUGUGAAUCUUUCAUCCUGGGAUGUUGAACGUGCAAAAAAGUUUAAGAGAAACGAGAGAAGAAUGUAUGCUUACCUCAAGGAACUCGUGUUUUCAAUGACAUUCUUUGCACUUUUAUUGAUUGUUUGUUAUGGAGAAAAAAGUGACCACAGAUACAAACUAAAUGCGGCCACAGAGCGCAGCUUCCAGUUUUUUGAUAAUAUGGGCCGCUAUAAGGUACGUACCCUUCCACGAUAACAACAAAAGAAACAAGGGUUUAUUUUCACCAGCCAGGGAAACAUGCUGGUCCUCUGUAAUACGUCAAUAAUUUGUUUUCCGCCCGCAAAGAGUAUUCGCUAUGAAAAUCUGAUUGAUUCCAAAUACCUUUGAAAACAUACUGACCAUGAUUUGGAAGAAUGAAAAAUGAAAUAGGACAUUUAUCAGUUCUCAGCUGAAUCAUGUAGCUAAUAAUGAAAAGGAAAAUUUCUCCAGAGUUUCACAAGAGUCCUUAUUUACAUUGGCUGUUUUUUUUAUUGAGCAACAAAGCAGGGAAACAAUUUUUCUCCAACAAUCAUGGACACUCUGUUAAUGCAGCUAUUGCAAACAUUGUUGCUUUCUUCAUACAACUAAUCAAUGUUGCAUUUACUUUUGACAGAUUACCAAUACUACUCAGUUUUGGGGUUGGAUCGAGAACAUUUUCGUGCCAGAAGUUUUUGUGGAUGAUUGGUACAACGGAGAAAGAGAAAAAGUUUCAGAAUACAUCGGAAAUAAGCGAUCGAUUCUAGUCGGUAUGCCUCGUCUGCGACAACUAAGGAUCAAGGAAAGUAAGUCUAUCAUUAAUUAAAAAUACUCAGUUCUGGUGUAAAUCUUCCAUCCUAAAGUUUACCUUCGACCUAUUUCAUUUAUUUUUGUGGACAGCAACAACCUCCAAAUAACGACGGCAACGUUAUACAAAUAUUACCUGUAGCCAGUCAAACUUCAAAUUCCACCGUCACAUCUUUUACGGCGUCGUGACAGAUUAAUCUGGAGUGAUAACCUCAAAGACACAUAAAUAACUGAAGUUAAAUUCAUUUAGCGUACGUGAAUAAAAACCUUAAUGCAAGAUGAGCUCCAACAGUAAAGUAAUGAAAAAAGUCAUUCUGAGACUCAGAAAUGUUUUUUUUUUAUCUCUUUACAGAAUCCUGUGAAGUUCACAAACUGUUUAGAGACAUAGUAACAUCUUGUUUCGAUUCCUAUUCCUCCACAAAGGAGCAAAAAGGAACUUGGAUUGACCCAAAUAGCACUUCAGUGUUGUGCCCAGAAAAUUGGGAAUAUAAUGCAGACAGAAGGUUUGGCGGCUUUGAUUCUUGGGGUCGUUUUGCUCUUUACAGUAGUGGAGGAUACAUAGCUAAUUUAGGUUACAACAAGCUUAUAGCUAAAAGGAUUAUCAACGACUUGAAAGAAAACCACUGGAUCGAUCGUCAGACCAGAGCUGUGCUGGUGGAGUUUUCACUGUAUAAUCCACCGAGUAACCUUCUUGCAGUGAUGACAUACUACUUGGAAGUACUUCCUUCUGGAUUUGCUGGCACGUUCAAGAGCUAUGGAAUUUUGUCUCUGAGUGCAACAAAUCCUCAAGCUCAUAGCACUUUUCUACUGUUUGUUUUGUUGUUCGGCAUUCUGCUUGCUUGCUCAUUCGUUGUCCAAUGUAUCAAACUCUACCGUCAGAAAUGUUCUUAUUUCAAGUCGGUGUGGAAUUUGUUGGAUAUUUUGCAGAUACUCACCGCGUCAUCAGCGAUGUUACUGCAGUGGAUGCGGACCAAGGUGGCCACAAAAACGUUCGAAACGUUGAAAGAAAACCCUUUUCUUCCAAUCAGUUUCCAUCGUGUCUUACUUUUGCUUGAGUAUGAAGAAGUUGCCAUCUGUGUUGCGAUCGUGAUUGCCACACUACGUCUUCUGAAAUGCUUCUAUUUUAACCCACAAAUUAUAGUUUUCACCUGGACACUUCGUAGAUUGUUUAGACCUAUAGCUUCCUUUUUCAUGGUGUUUAUAAUAGUAGCAAUGGCCCACGCACUGUUAGGGUUCAUCGCUUUUGGAGCCAAUGUGGACAUAUUCGGCUUGGUGCGUAACGCUAUUUUCUCUCAGUUUCUCAUGCUUUUGGGACAACCAGUCCCACUGAAUGAACUGAAGGAAACAAAUCCAAUACUAGGACGUCUUUUCUUUUUCACUUUCGUCUCCAGCUCGAUUAUCAUCAUCUUAAAUAUGUUCAUCGCCAUAAUAAAUGAAUAUUAUGCCGACUCCAACGCUGAUAAAGGAGGGGAAGAUUAUGAACUCGCGCAAUACAUAAUUGAAAGAGUCCUGGAGACUGUAUUUGGACAGAAAUCUAAAAGAAAACAGACAUGGAGUAACCACGAGAAUUUCGAGCCAGACUCUUUUUCAGAGAAAAGUUCCCUUAGAGGAGUUCCAGAUGGCGACUCUUCCCCUGAGUGGACGCCGGUCAUGUACCGCAGCUGCCCUCAGGAAAUAUCCACGAAAGGAAGAUCUUUAGUAAACAAUAGUGAAGACUUGAUUGAGUGUUCAGUUUGGGAAACUGCCGGACCCGAACAUUUAAUGGUGAGAAGUUCUACAAACGAUACAGGAUUUGCAAGAGUUAAUCUGAAUAAACUUUCUAGCUACGUUGCCGACGCACGACGAUACAACAUAAUGAAAGAUUGGGAUGCAUUGGGCGAUUACCAUGGAGGUGAAAAUGAAAAAGACUGCUGUGAAGACGAAGAUGAUAAUGAUAAUGACGUUGACACUGAAAUUGAUUCCAGUAGCGAUAGCGGUGGAAAUGAGGAUUCUAUCAGUACUGAUAGUGAAUAUACGGAUAAAAAAAGCCCU